UGCUGGGUGCUUUUUCACCCCCUGCUGUUGAAACGAGCGGCCAUACGAAGGGAAGGUGCACCGAGUAGUGAUUUUUCGUCUCAGAAAUCGCAGAUAUCAGGUUGGGUUUAUGGUUUGGGCUACUUUUCAGUCAGUUUGAAUGAAGAAGAAGUUUAAAUCGACUUUAAACUGCCCGAGGCUGGACUCCAUCGUUGCUUUUUGAAUUUGUAUCCUGAGCAUCCUGAAGGAUUCAUUUUGGUUAAUUUUUCAGGGGCUGAACAUGUGACUACUUUUUCAACUCGUCUAAAAUCUUCGAGGUGAUUUCACUGAAUGAUGAAGUAAGAAAUGAGGUGAAUCUGCAAGAAUGGAUUGAAAAAUUCAACUUCCAAGUGCUAAAGUGCCUCAAGCAAGGUCGGGAGAUGUGUGAAGCAGUGUGACAGACGGCCAUGGGACUGGAGAGACAGUGGCUUCAGGCGAUCACUGCUCUAGCCAUCUUUCUGCUAAGUGUGUCUCAAGGCUUGUCGUCAGUGGUUCGUGGCAGAGAAGGGGGCUCUGCAGAGCUGGGUUGCAGUCUCACACCAAAAUCUGUUGACGCCACCAGCCCAAACCUCUUUCCAUUACAUGUGGUUGAAUGGGUGCGGCUCGGUUACAACGUUCCCAUCCUCAUCAAAUUUGGAGUGUAUGCUCCUCGAGUUCAUCCCAACUACAAGGGGCGUGUCUCCCUGACCCGCGGCGCCUCCUUGCUGGUGGAGCGGCUGACCCUUGAGGACGAGGGCUGGUUUGAAUGCCGCAUCCUGCUCCUGGACAGCAAAACGGACGACUUCCAAAAUGGCACGUGGACAUUCCUCUCCAUCACAGCUCCACCCGUGUUUAUCAAGACACCACCGAGUUUUGUGGAGGUUCUGCUUGGAGACUCAUUGACACUCAGCUGCGGCGCUCAUGGCAACCCCCGCCCAACUGUUGUGUGGCACAAAGAUGAAAGCCCAAUUGAGAAACAUGAAAAAAUCAAAGUGCUUAACGGUACCUUGUCUUUGACCUCAGCCACAAGAAGCAUUUCAGGAGUGUACAAAUGUCACGUUUCCAAUUCAGAAGGCAACCUUACACACGCAACACAACUGCAGGUCAAAGGUCCCCCAAUCAUCAUCAUCUCACCAGAGGACACCACUCUCAAUAUGUCUCAGGAUGCAGUUCUGCAGUGCCAGGCUGAUGCUUACCCGUCCAACCUGACAUAUGAAUGGAUGAAACAAGGACAGAAUGUUUACCAUAUUGAAUCUCUAAAAUCCAGAGUGAAGGUUUUGGUGGACGGAACCCUUUUAAUCCCUAAUCUAAUCCCAGAAGAUGCUGGAAACUACACAUGUAUCCCAACAAAUGGGAUAUUGACUCCACCCUCAGCCUCAGCUCAUCUGAAAGUUAAACAUCCUGCUCGAGUUGUACGAAUGCCCAGGGAAACCUACUUGCCCUCUGGCAUGGAGGGGGUGAUUGUAUGUCCUGUCCAGGCGGAUCCCCCAGUGCUUUACGUGAACUGGACCAAAGAUGGGAACAACUUAAAUCUAGAUAAUUUUCCAGGGUGGAUGGUGAAUUCUGAAGGUUCGGUUUUCAUAGCAACAGCAAAUGACAAUGCUGUGGGCAUGUACAGUUGCACCGCAUAUAACAGCUACGGCACAAUGGGUCAGUCUGACCCCACUCAGGUCAUUCUGCAGGAUCCACCCACAUUCCUAGUGCCUCCCCGGCCUGAGUAUCUUCAGGAGGUGGGCAGAGAGUUGAUCAUACCCUGUGAAGCUGGUGGCGAUCCCUUGCCAAACAUAACAUGGAGCAAGAUUGGCCGAAUUCCUCGUUCUCAGUAUUUUGUGUUGGCCAAUGGCUCCCUCAUGCUGCAGCCUCUCAGUAAAGACCAUCACGGGGGCUGGGAAUGCUUGGCCUCUAAUCGUGUAGCAACUGUCAGUGUGGGAACUGUGGUAAUGGUGCUGGGUACAAGCCCUCAUGCUGUGUUUUCAGUAUCUGUAAACACAGAAAUAAACCAAGCUAAUGUGUCAUGGGUCCCUGGGUUUGAUGGUGGAUACACCCAGAAGUUCACUGUGUGGGUCAAGCAAGCAUCCAGAGGUAAACAUGAAUGGGCAUCUUUACCCGUACCCACAUCUAAGAACUACCUGUUGGUCACCGCUCUGCUGGCUGCAACUAGUUAUCAGUUCAGUGUUCUACCUCAGAAUAAACUCGGCUCUGGACCUUUCAGUGAAAUUGUUACUGCAAGAACUCAAGCUUUUCCAACAGAAGCCCCAACCAUCGUCACCACUUUAGUCGCACUUGAACCGCCCUUAAUCUUGUCUGCUAACCGGACCACGCUUGGUGUUCUCCUCCAAUGGUCAAAUCCUGAGGCUCCAUCCUCUCCGUUGACAAGUUUUGUGCUGCAGGCUCGUCGAAAUCAGGGCCAGUGGGUCAUCCUUAGCAGCAACAUCAGUGCCAAUGAGAGCGAAGUUCUUGUUCAGGGACUGCUUCGCGACUCCAGUUAUGAUCUGAGGCUGAUGUCCCGUAGUAAUCAAGUGCGCAGCGAACCAAGUGAUUUUGUCAGUAUAUCUACGACAGGGAUGCAGAUUUACCCACUAAGCCCGAGUUUUUUGGAGCUCCUUCCUGCACCUCUCCUAGCUGGUGUGAUCGGUGGAGUCUGCUUCCUUUUCAUGGCCAUUGUGCUCUCAUUAGUAACAGCUUGCUAUAUGAGAAAUUGGCGAGCACGUCGGCGUAGGAAGAGACAACAAGAUGUCCCACCUGCUUUCCAGAAGAGUCCAUCUUCAGAAGCUCGCUCGCCUCCUCGCAGUCCAGACAGUGUCUUGAAGCUAAAGCUGUGUCCACCCAUUCCCUUCUUCCCAACGUCCUCAUCACAGUACGAUCGCUCCUCUUUUGAUAAAGGCAGUCGAGGAGAAUAUCAAGAUCAGCGCAAGCAGCUUUUAGCCAACUCAUCUCCACCACCACAUUACACACUCUUUGAGAGCCACCUGGGGUCCCAGGCUCCCUCUCCAACAUCUUUGGAGUCUAUUCACAGAGGCCCAGAUGGACGUUUCAUUAUCCAACCUCUGAUCGAGAAUUCCAGUCCCUCCAAUAAGAAAAAUCUCAAGGAUAUCUUGCAAAGCAAUGGUGGUGCAAGUGGCUCAGGAAGCAAUCGUACGUCCUUUAGGGACUCCCCAAAGUCAAGUAUCUUGAGUUCUGACAGGGAUGUGAGGAAAGAUUCUCCACUUACUGUAGAUGUCCUGGCGCUUAAUAAACCUCCUCAAUCUCCGGGAAAAGUACGAACCCUUGCUCGGAAUUUCUCCCGUCAUGGCUGCUUUUACUCCGAUGAUGAACAUGGCUCAGAGAACCUCCUAGAAAGAGCAAGCUUUUAUUCUGAUAACAGUGAUAAAAAACCUAGUGAUUCUCUGAGAAGGCAUCGCAAGGCAGCUCGUACUGAAGACCUUUUCCCUAUUUUGUCGAGGAAAACCUACAUUUUGGAUAGAGAGGCAGACAGACCGCAGUCCUCAGCUUAUCAACCCAUGGCCAGUCACCUUACUGAUGAUAGCACGCUAAUCACACAACUUGAUAGCGACCUGGAGAAUGACAGCAUAAAAAAGUGCAUACAGCUGGCCAGGGAGAGGGAGGAAAUGGAGCGUGAGCUCGAACGCUAUACAACCAAUAACAGAAACCGAGAUGACGGGAAAGGGAGCCCGCAGUGUAGCGUAUCCCAGUCAGAUGAAGACCCUGUAUGGAAAUUACAAGAUGUAACCCUUCGUCAAAAACACAAGCCCUCAGGCCACACAAGUCGGGUAGCAGACUAUCGAAGAGCGUGCUACUUUGGCAGCACAAGUAGCCCUACAGACAGAGUUUGUUCAUCUCACAUUCAAUGGGACAUUAGCCCUGUUACAGCCAUGACAAACCUUGUUCCAGUGAAGAGCCCCUGGGAGACCACAUCUGUACAGCAUUCUCAUCCGUCUGUAGAAACUACAAACUCGUUUGGUGUUGAUUCAUCUCAUACUCAGGUGACUCAGAACACAUCUCUUCCUAUGCCUUCUAUGGAUGUGACAUUUGAAAACCCCACAGUUCAAUGUUUAGCGACAUCACCCAGAGCCAAGUCACUGAGUCCUCACAGAGAUUCAGAUAUAUGUAGUAAGACCUUAACAGAGGGCUUAGGGGAAAAUAUAGGUGUUGGUGGUGCUCCCUCUCGAUCCAGAAAUUCAUAUGCUUAUGGCACUCGGAAUUGGGAUCCAGCUUCUCGAACUCCUUUAGUCUACAGUAAGCGGUCUGAGAGUCCCACUUUUACCGCUUCAACAUCAUAUGGGGCCACAAGGGAUCCUGGUCCUUCAGGUAUCGCUACCUUACCCUAUGAGCAUCAAGUUAAAUCGAAUUGCAAAGACGGCAAAUAUCAAAGCUGUGAUGACCGUCUCAGCUCUGGAUCAGAAAGAGAAGGUGUUCGAGGACGCUCCAGGAGGAGUGAAAAGGGGCAAUUCUCUCAUAGCCCUAGCCCUGUGUCACCACUAACCCUUGUAGAAGAAUCUAAAAGUGAUCGAUCCCAAUUUUCUAUCCCCAGAAUGUCAGGGUCUUUCAAGACCAAACCAGCAGCAUCCCCUUCUAAAAUAACAAUGCAAACAAGUGCAAUUCUGGAAUAUCUGAGCCUUCCAGGUUUUAUUGAGAUGAGUGUAGAUGAACCCGAGGAAGAAGCUGAAGUUACAGACAGUGCUGGACAAUGUUAUGACAAAAAAUCUAUUCAGUCAGUUGUGGCUAAGCCUGACGUAGUACCUAAGAAUUGGGAGGUUCAUGUACAGGAAAUUGCUGAAACUGAAAAAAAUAGAGUUAAGGUUUGCUUUGAACCAUCACCAGAAACAAAUGCCUCCAGGGCUCAAGUUGAAGCAAGGGAGGCCCAACCUCGAGUAAGGUUUCCGGACCACAUAAGACCAAUAUCGCCUGCUCCAGAAAAAACUAGUAAACAGCUAUACAAUGAAAAAACCCAGAUACGAGCAGAAACAAAAAGCACUGAGUCAAGACUGGGUUCCAGACCCGCACAUACCUUGCUUAGUGCCGCUAAAGGCAUGGUAGCUAUCAUGUCAAAACAUUCUCCGAGCUUUACUGACAGUAGUGAGUCUUUAUCAGAACAACCCCAAAGACAAAGUUCUCCUGGCAAUCGGACCAAUAACAUUGCAUCACGAAUAACUCAAGCCCCAGUCCCGUUUCUAAGGAAAUCCUUAAGUGUUGGCCCUUGUAGAACACUGUCAGGUAUGGUACCCCCUCAACCUUUCCUUAAGAAAUCUAUCAGUUUUGGCUCCCCCAGAUGGGAACACUUUGAGAGCCCAAGGACGUACAUCUCUGAGAAAUGUUACUGGGAUGAGUUCCCGAACCCAGAUGUCAGGGUGAAGUCUUACAGUUUAGGUAGGACUCCAUCUUCCUUUCAAAGACCUGGCCCUUCCUGGAGAGAGUACAUCCCUGUCAGGCGUCCCACGAUGGGGAGCUUGGAGAGGCCCCGAUGUUCACAAAGAUCCAGUCCCUCUUACUUCACUCCUUCCAUGUACCCACCCAGAGAAAGCUCAGCAUCACCAAUGCCGGAACACUGUGAUCCACGACGGCACGCGGCGGUAUUCCCAGAUUCCUCAAGCUGGUCCCCUUCUUAUCCAGAGACACUUAGAUCUACUCAGUACAAGUAUAUCCCCAUGCACACUUCCAUCCCAUUCCCCAAUAAUCACCCCUGGCCAGGACCCAGACCAGAGAACAUGAGGCUGAUGGACCCAAGAAUGGGCCCCCCGAGGCCUUACCUUCCCAGAGGUAUCAGCUGGCCUUCACCAUACUGCAUGCCUUUCCCUCAGAGGGAGGGUGACGGUUACAGACAGUCAGAAAGAAUGACAAGGAGGGCAGGUGAUGUGGAGAGUCGAGAGGUCCGAGAAGGAGGGAGGGCCAGCUAUGCCAGUCAGAGCAGUGGGAGAGGCAGUGCCGGUCUUUUUCGCCAGUCGCUGUCCAUCACUCCCACACUGCUCAGCUCUCCCGAAACCACGGAGGAGAGUGUGAGGCACAGAUCUGAGCCGGAUCCAACUCUAAGGAGAUCGAAAAGUAGAAGGAACACGUCAGUAGAUGAGAGUUAUGAGUGGGAUUCUGCUGACGCAUGUGUGGACUCUGAAGUCCUGGAGGCCUUGAGGUUUGAUCAGUCACAAGGAGAUUUUCAGACAAAGAGGGGGAGGCUUGUGUGCGAUCAACCUGCUGGCCUCCAGGACCAAAGAAACAAAGGCCCGUCUCCCUCAGCCUGCCAAACUGUUUCCGACCCACCAUGCAGCCAGUCCCACCAAUCUCUUAGCGAGCUGCGUUUCAACGCUCUCCGGGAGGAGUACCAAGAGUACAGGCGGGCUCAGGAGACCACUUCUUCCCAGGAGCCUUACCACAACCACGGACACGAUUCGGACUCUGACACCAACUCAGCAUUGCUCUAAAAGGGGAACUCGGUGCAUCUGAGAAAGACAACAAGUAGCAGACAUCAGUCAUAAUUCAUGUGAAAGAACUCCAGUAGUCUGUUCGAGCAGACUAAAAGAAUCCAAGACUGUAUUACUGUCAAGUGGUUUGUCCACAUUCGUCAUCUAAUGGCAUUGUCUUGUCUUUGUUACUCCUGACAAGGGAUUAUUUAAUGUUAUAAAAGAUUGUGCAACUGUGUUGAGGUUGUUUUGACAAUCAGACACUGGCACACUUUUGAAGUAAAACUGGAUACAAACAUCACUAUCAAGAUGUUAUUUCAAGUUACGAUUUUUUUUUUUUAAUGAAAAACAAAGCUUAUGACAAUUAUUUUGUUCCAAAAUGGCAUUGUGUUCUGUUCAAGCCUUUUCCCUACUACUGACAUUCUUGGUCUCAAAUCUAAUAUAAUUAAUGUUCUUAUCCUUUAGUUUUAAGCACCUCAGGGCUAUUGGUGAUGUUUUAUUUUUCUCAAUCGAUAUAUUUUUUUUCCCCCUUUCCUAGUCCCUUAAAUCUUUUGCUCUCAGAAUGUUUAUCUGUUGAGGUGUGCAAGCGUUUACUUGCAUUGAAGCAAAAAAAAAAUUCACUGGACGGAAUUUGUAGUUGAAUGACACUUUGUAAAACAGGAAUAUGUUGUAUGCCUUUUUCUGCUUUGAGCUUUGCUCACGUUUUUUGAAGUGAGUUCUAAUAUGCAAACAUGUUUACAAUUCACUGAUGUGAAGACAGCACUGUGAAUGAUUCAGGCUUUUAUGAACUGUUCUUUUUUUUUUUUUUUUCAACUGAGAACAACAGCUGAUUUGGUCAAAUGACAAGCUUUGAGAUCGUAAUGUACUUUGUGAACUCUAUGAAAAUAUCCCCAAAUGAGAAGCCACAUGUGGAGUGAUGAGUUAAGAGGUUUUUGUACAAACUAAAAAGUUUUAUAUAUUGUUUGUUUUUAUAUGUUUGUUAUGAAUGAAUUGUAUUAUUAAAAAAAACUCAAUGGUUCUUGAAUCUGUUGUCAUUUAUUUUUUAUAGAUGUCUGAUUGGGAAACAAGCACAGAAGAAAAAUAUGCAAAUACAUGAUACACAUGCGCCAUCUUUAACUUACUGUGUAUCACAAAAGUGAGUACACCCCUUGCAUUUCUGCAGAUAUUUAAGUAUAACUUUUAAUGGGAAAACACUGACAAAAUGACACUGUGACACAAUGAAAAGUAGUCUGUGUGCAGCUUAUAUAAUAGAGUUGAUUUAUUUUCCCCUCAAAAUACAGCCAUUAAUAUCUAAACCCCUGACAACAAAAGUGUGUACACCGCAUAGAAACUACGUACAUUCCUAAAUGUCCAAAUCGAGUGCUGCUUGUCAUUUUCCCUCCAAAAUGUCACGUGACUCUUUACAGGAGUCCUGUCAGCAUUGCUGCAGAGAUUGAAGAAAGCCCGCAAACAGUUUGCUGAAGACAUGUCAACAAAGCACAUGGAUUACUGGAACCAUGUCCUAUGGUCUGAUGAGACGGGCUGGCUUUCUUGUGUACCGUCUUCAGAAGAGGCUUCCUCCUGGGGUGACAGCCACGCACCAAUUUGAUGUAGAGUGCGGCGUAUAGUUUGAGCACUAACAGGCUAACCUCCCACCUCUUCAAUCUCCACAGCAAUUGAUUGAUUGAAUAAUUUUAUAUUUCGAGCAAUAAUAACAAAAACAGCAAGAAUAGGGGAAAACAAAUUACAGUAGUACCAGUAAUGUUGAUUAUAACAAAAAUUAAAUACAUACAUAAGUAGCUCGAAAAGGAGUGGGAAGAAGCCGAGCUUUUUUUUGGUCCCACCCCCAAUUCACUCCCAAAAAAUUCAAUGUAAAUACAGUCACUUCCCAACAUCGUCAUCAUCAUUGCACUAUCGCCACCACCAUCACUACCACCGCUAUCAUCGUCGUCAUCACCGCCGUCCCCAUAUACUGAUUGUACAUUCAAAGUCAUAAUUUCUGUAAUAACAGCUUUACUGGUGCUAAUGGUGAUAAUUGUUAAAUUUA